CCCGCAGAGCCCACGCCGGGGCCGCGUCCCCUCAGCGCCCCGGUGCCAGCCCCGCUCCCCUCCCGCUGCCCGCCCCCGGCUCGGCCCCGCCUGCUGCCGCCGGCGCUGCGGGAUGGGAGCGGCGAGCGCGGCCCCGGCUGACGGCGCGGCGGGGCGGCCCCGGCGGGGCAGGUAGAACUGGACGAGGGGAAUGUCGUGCUGGCUCCACUCAGAAAGCUGUCUGGAUACCGGGCCAAUAUACGUGCGUGAAAAUGGGAAGCUGCACGUGGUAAACCAGGGUGCGGGUGGCAUACAGAAUGUCACUCCCAAAGCAAGACCUUUCAGGCUGUUCUCCAGAGGAUUUUCUGUGGAGCUUUGUAUGAACAGGGAGGAUGAUAGGGCAAGGAGGCAGAGGACUGAUCAUUUCAUCUUCACGUACACCAAGGAGGGGAACCUCCGAUACUCGGCCAAGUCCCUCUUCAGCCUAGUGCUGGGGUACAUUUCUGACAACGUUGACCACAUUGACUCGUUGAUUGGUUUCCCAGAGCAGAUUGCUGAAAAGCUCUUUUCAGCCGCAGAAGCAAGACAAAAGUUCACAGAACCAGUUACAGGACUGAGAGCUCUACAGAAGUUUACUGAAGCAUAUGGCAGCUUGGUGCUAUGUUCAUUAUGUCUGCGGAAUAGAUACCUGCUUAUCUCUGAAAAACUCGAAGAAAUUAAGUCUUUCCGGGAUCUGACGUGUUUGGAUCUUUCCUGUUGUAAACUCGGAGAUGAACAUGAACUUUUAGAACACCUCACUAAAGAGGCUCUGUCUAGUGUAAAAAGGCUUCUCUUGAAAGACAACGCUUUAUCAGAUGCGGGCCUUCGCAGAAUGACAGCACCAGUACGAGUAUUGAAAAAGGGACUUGAGAAUCUCUUGGUAUUAGACUUGUCUUGUAACCCUAAAAUCACAGAUGUGGGAAUUGGAUACCUGCUUUGUUUCAAGAAGUUGAAUUGUUUGGACAUUUCUGGGACAGGUCUCAAGGACGUUAAUGCUGUCAUUAAACGAAUCCAAAUGCAGAUAGGCUUGGUUCACUCAGAAGUGCCUCUGAAAGAAUUUGAUCACAGUAACUGCAAAACAGAGGGAUGGGCAGAGCAGACAGUUUUGCAGUGGGAGCAGGCAGUCAUGGAGGCUGUCAAGCCGCAAGAAGACUUGAGAUCCAGAACAGCAGCUCAGCACUUCUAUGGCAAGACACGCAGAAGAGAAGAAGCAGUCAAAUGCAAGUUGGUAGAGACAGAAACCAAAGCAUCUGGAAACUUGCAGUUUUAUAAGGAAAACGUUCAAAAUUGCCAUUCACCUUUGAAAAAGGAGGUUGCAGGCAGCCAUGAAUCAAAGAACAAUAAAAAAAGAGCUUUGGCUGAACAAGAGAGAGAAAGGACUUCCAAACAGAAGCAUCUGUGCCUCACAGUGGAGGACUGGGAUUUGUUAAAUACCUACUGAGUCAGAAAGAAACGAGUCUUUUGUUUGUUGUUUUCUUGCUGACAACGGAUUUUGGAUGUGUUCAGAGGGAGUAACAAAGCAGACCAGUAUUGUUAAAGCUGGCUGCUGUGCUAUGCUUGUGUUAUCGUAGGCUUGGGAAGGGGAGGGCUAGAAUCCAGGAGAUGGGUGAUGUUACUACUGUAUAUUUUCAAUACAUAAUUUUUUUCAAAUAAAGUUUUUGUUGUCAUCCUUAA